AUGACUCCAUCACCUCACCUCCAAUCACGACCAUCACAUCUCUCACCUCCACACAACCCACCUCAACCUUACACACAUCCACCAGCAUCACGGGUACCACAGAAGGACCAUAUGAUUUCUUCUUAUGAGUUUGUGACUGUUCAUACACACUUACACACAGGUCAGUACAGCGUUUUGGAGAGAGUGAAAGAAAACGAAGCUCAUGUGGUGAAUAUCAAUGGCUCUAAGGACCAAAUGUACACAAUCAGGAUAAAGGAUAAGCACAAUGUGACCCAUACUGAGCAAAUAUCUAACCAGACUGCCUUUAAAAUUCCUUUUGAAUGGUUAAAACCAUGCACUGUGUACAGCGUCAGUGUGGAUGACUGUAAACUCAGUGGAAACAACACCUUUACUUCCAGUAAAAAUGGAGAAACCGUUCCAAAAACUGUUGUGACAAGCGUGACAGAUAAUGAAGUGUGUUUGAAAGGAGAAUUCACUGGUAUUCAAUGGGAUCUGACUGAAUGUGUUGAAAUAACGGAGCAAAACUCUUGUGCAUCCACACACACCGUUGUACUGGACACAUGUAACUACACAAUGAAUGUUGAUCUGCCCCCAGUCAAGCCGCACAUAAACUUCAAGAAAACUAUUCCCUCUCAGUUUGAAUGGAUGAAUAAACCAGAACGAUGUAAUGCUGCACUGCUUAACAUCAACUGCAUCAAUGACAAGAACAAAAAGGGCACAGUUUAUAGUUUAAAUACCCCAGUGUUAUUAUUACUAAACACACAGUACAGCUGCACUGGAGAAUAUCCUCGUGAGAAACAACCCAUCAAGAGUCAUGAGCUCGACAUUCAGAUCAAAUGUGACUGGCAAAAGAAUGGGCGAUUUCAGCCCCUAUCCAGCAGCUCAUUGGAAAUCUCCUGGACUUCACUCGAGGGAGAUCGAUGCUCAGGGAUUGAAUGGGAACGUUAUUCAGCCAGCUGCAAAACCCCUGGCAGUGAUGGAAACAAUCAUCGUGUGAGCUGUACACAAGACAGUGGCACUAGUACAGUCUGUAUCAUUACUGGAUUAUUGCCAUAUACAGACUAUGAAUGCAGUAUUACUGGAACAGUCAACCAAACAAAUUAUGAUAUUUACACUGGUAACAGUAAAACGCUUUCUGACAAGCCCAUUUUCAGAUCAGAAAUUGAAGAAACUCACCCUUCUCACAAUUCUCUUGAAAUAAAAUGUGAAAACAAUGGACCAAAGAUAGUCUGGAAUGGAGGAGAGGGAACAUUCACAGCUGAAAUCACAUACAAUGGAGAACGUCCAAUCACCAAAAAACCCAAAACUAAAUGUUCAUUUCAUUUUCAAGAUCUUUACUACCUUACAACAUAUAAAAUUAAGAUUACAGCCAAGAAUAAAGAAGGAGAUUUAGCUUUCAUUACUUCUGAAGCUACUACUCAGUACAACGAUAAGGCUGUCGUUGGAUUGCUGGUUUUCCUGAUUGUUGUGAUAUCAAUUGCGCUGCUCUUGGUGUUCUUCAAAAUUUACCUUCUCAAAAGAAAGCGUGAUGGAGAAGAUGGAGAAGAUGAAGAUUGUGUAUAUGUGAAUGUUCCUAUGCAUGUACAAAGAAUGGAGACAAAACAACAGACCAGGAAGUGAAUAUGGAUGGCUGCAGUUUUAUUCACAAAUACUGUUAAAAUUAAAACCAGUAUAAUAUCAGAAUAGAUGACUGCAUAUCCAAAGAAAAGACAACUUUUUGACAUUCUUU